AUGGCAAGCCUGCUCCCUCCCACAGGCACCAACGUUUUCCGCCGCUUCACCCCAGAGUCACUGGCGGAGAUCGAAAGGCUCAUCCAUGAAAAGAUAAGCAGGGAGGAAGCAGAGGGUGACGAUGAGGAACCACAGGCACCGAGCCGUGACCUGGAGGCAGGGAAAAGCCUGCCCAUGAUCUGUUGCGACCCACCAAAGGAUCUCCUCAACACCCCUCUUGAGGACAUAGACCCCUUCUACAAAGCACAGAAAACGUUUAUCGUGAUAAGCAAGGGGAACACAAUCUACAGGUUCUCUGCCGAACCAGCGCUGUUUAUUAUCAGUCCUUUUAGUCCCGUCAGAAGAGGAGCCAUCAAAAUUCUUAUACAUUCAUAUUUUAGUAUGCUCAUCAUGAUAACCAUCCUCUCCAACUGCGUGUUCAUGACGAUGAGUAAUCCUCCGGCCUGGAGUAAAACUGUUGAAUAUGUUUUUACUGGUAUAUAUACAUUUGAAGCAACAGUCAAAGUUUUGUCUCGAGGCUUCUGCAUGGGACCUUUCACAUUCCUCCGUGACCCAUGGAACUGGCUUGAUUUCAUGGUGAUCAGCAUGGCGUACAUCACAGAGUUUGUAGACCUCGGUAAUGUGUCAGCACUGAGGACGUUUCGUGUGCUCAGAGCUCUCAAAACAAUCACUGUUAUUCCUGGUUUGAAAACCAUUGUUGGGGCUCUGAUACAGUCUGUCAAGAAGAUGGUAAACGUGAUGAUUUUGACCGUCUUUGCUCUGGCUGUGUUUGCCCUCAUUGGCCUGCAGUUAUUCAUGGGAAAUCUACGUCAUAAAUGCAUCCGUUGGCCGAUCCCCAACAGCACCAUCUUUGAUGAAUACAACACCACUAUGGUCAAUGACACCAUCCUCAACGUCACAGAUACAUUCGAUUUCAAAGCUUACAUAGACAAUGAAGAAAACCAGUACUUUCUGGAGGGAAGUUUAGAUGCUUUAUUAUGUGGUAACAGCUCUGAUUCUGGGAAGUGCCCUGAAGGAUACACAUGUAUGAAGGCUGGAAGGAACCCAAACUAUGGCUACACCAGCUAUGACAACUUUGGCUGGGCCUUUCUCGCCCUCUUCAGAGUCAUGACUCAGGACUAUUGGGAGAAUCUCUUCCAGUUGACCCUUCGUGCGGCUGGGAAGACAUACAUGAUCUUCUUUGUGGUGGUCAUCUUCCUGGGGUCUUUCUACCUCAUUAAUCUGAUCUUGGCAGUGGUUGCCAUGGCUUAUGAUGAGCAGAACGAAGCCACCAUGGCUGAGGCCCUUGAGAAAGAAGAGGAGUUUCAGAGAUUGCUUGAGCAGCUCAAGAACCAAGAACAAGAGGCAGGCAGUAAAGUCUCUUUGGCCAGCCAGACAAUGCAAAUUCGAGGGUCAAACAGGACAGGUUCAUUACACAGUCUUGGAGGUGAUGACAUCAUAAAGGACUUGAACGGCAAAAUAGUUCCUCACCUCAUUGUCAACAGAGUCCCCUCCUGUGACAGAGAAUUAUCAGCCGAAGAGGACCACAAAUCCUUGGGCUCCAAACACAGUAUGCAGUACCUGGACCAGCUCAAACUCUCCAAGAGAGCAGCCAGUGCUAUCAGUGUGCUCACUGCAACUAUGGAUGAGUUGGAAGGUGUCCAGAGGCCUUGUCCACCAGGCUGGUAUAAGUUUGCGGACAUUUUCCUUAAAUGGGACUGCUGUGCUCCCUGGCUCCUCUUUAAGAAGUGGGUUCUUUUUGUAGUGAUGGACCCAUUUUUUGAUCUUGGUAUCACCAUCUGCAUUGUGCUCAACACACUGUUCAUGGCCAUGGAGCACUACCCCAUGAGUCCGGAUUUCGAACAUGUUCUGUCAGUGGGCAACUUGGUAUUUACAGGAAUCUUCACAGCUGAAAUGGUGUUCAAGCUUAUUGCUUUGGACCCUUACUACUAUUUCCAGGUGGGCUGGAACAUAUUCGACAGCAUCAUUGUCACUCUCAGCCUGGUAGAGUUAGGACUGGCCAAUGUCCAGGGCUUGUCUGUUCUCAGGUCCUUCCGUUUGCUGCGAGUCUUCAAACUGGCUAAAUCUUGGCCCACCCUGAACAUGCUGAUCAAGAUCAUUGGCAACACAGUAGGUGCUCUAGGGAACCUGACGCUUGUCCUGGCCAUCAUCGUCUUCAUUUUCGCCGUUGUGGGCAUGCAGCUCUUUGGCAAGAGCUACAAGGACUGUGUGUGUAAGAUCUCUGAAGACUGUGAGCUGCCUCGCUGGCACAUGAACGACUUCUUCCACUCUUUCCUCAUAGUCUUUCGUAUCCUGUGCGGAGAGUGGAUCGAGACCAUGUGGGAUUGUAUGGAGGUGGCAGGAGCUGGCAUGUGUUUGGUGGUCUUCAUGAUGGUCAUGGUCAUUGGUAAUUUGGUGGUGUUAAAUCUGUUCCUGGCCCUGCUGCUUAGCUCCUUCAGUGGGGAUAACCUGUCUGGAGGUGAUGACGAUGGUGAGAUGAACAACCUGCAGAUCGCCAUUGGCCGCAUCACCAGGGGCAUAGAUUGGUUCAAAGCUUUUGUCGCCAGUAUGGUGCAACAGAUUCUUGGAAAGAAACCUCCUGAUGACAAUAAGGGAGAAGGGGAAGGGGACAUAGAACUGUACUCAUUAAACCACCUGGAUGGGGGAAAAAUGGCAGAUGGCUUAACCAACUGUUUAAAGUUUCCAACCCUGAGGGUACCGAUUGCUCGUUGCGAGUCCGAUGUUGAAGAUGAGAGCUCAGAUGAAUCUUCUGAUGAAGAAGAGAAAAACAAGAAAGUCGCUCUUAAUGAUGACGACUCCUCAGUGUGUAGCACAGUGGAUUACAAGCCUCCAGAACCUGAGCCUGAGCCUGAGGAGGAAGAGGAACCAGAACCUGAAGAGCCAGAGUCCUGUUUCACAGAAGGUUGUGUUAGGCGAUGUCCAUGUUUGAAUGUAAACAUCACAGAAGGAUGGGGGAAAAGGUGGUGGAACCUUCGAAGAACGUGCUUCACCAUCGUUGAGCAUGACUACUUUGAGACCUUCAUCAUCUUUAUGAUCCUCCUUAGCAGUGGAGCACUGGCUUUUGAGGAUAUCAACAUAGAACGCCGUAGAGUGAUCAAGAUCAUCUUGGAGUAUGCUGAUAAAGUCUUCACUUACAUUUUCAUAGUGGAGAUGUUUCUGAAGUGGGUGGCAUACGGUUUCAAGACCUAUUUCACCAAUGCAUGGUGCUGGCUAGACUUCUUCAUUGUGGAUGUGUCACUUGUCAGUUUAACAGCCAAUUUGUUGGGCUAUUCUGAGUUGGGACCAAUCAAAUCUCUCAGAACGCUCAGGGCUCUUCGACCCCUUCGAGCACUGUCAAGAUUUGAGGGAAUGAGGGUGGUGGUAAAUGCUCUGGUUGGUGCCAUCCCCUCUAUUUUUAAUGUGCUUCUGGUGUGUCUGAUAUUCUGGCUCAUCUUCAGCAUCAUGGGCGUCAAUCUGUUUGCUGGAAAGUUCUACCACUGCAUCAACACUACGACAGAGGAACUCUUCCCCAUAGAUGUAGUCAACAACAGGAGCGACUGCAUGGCACUGAUGCACACUAAUGAGGCACGCUGGGUCAAUGUAAAAGUCAACUAUGACAAUGUGGGACUCGGCUACCUCUCUCUUCUGCAAAUUGCCACAUUUAAAGGCUGGAUGGACAUCAUGUAUGCUGCAGUGGAUUCUAGAGAGGUGGAGGAGCAACCAUCGUAUGAGAUCAACCUCUACAUGUAUCUAUAUUUUGUUAUUUUCAUCAUUUUUGGUUCCUUUUUCACGCUCAACCUCUUCAUUGGUGUCAUCAUUGACAACUUCAAUCAGCAAAAAGCCAAGUUUGGAGGGAAAGACAUAUUCAUGACAGAGGAACAGAAGAAGUAUUACAACGCCAUGAAAAAGCUGGGUUCCAAAAAACCUGCUAAACCAAUACCCCGGCCAUCAAAUAUUAUCCAGGGUGCUGUGUUUGACUUUAUAUCACAACAGUUCUUUGACAUCUUUAUCAUGGUGCUUAUCUGCCUCAAUAUGGUGACCAUGAUGGUUGAAACAGAUGACCAGAGUGCUGAAAAAGAGGAUAUCCUGUACAAGGUCAAUUUGGUCUUCAUUGUCAUCUUCACAGGGGAAUGCAUACUUAAGAUGUUUGCACUCAGACAUUACUUUUUCACUAUUGGCUGGAAUGUCUUUGAUUUUGUUGUGGUCAUCCUGUCUAUAGCAGGUCUAAUGUUAUCAGACAUCAUUGAGAAGUACUUUGUUUCUCCCACCUUGUUCCGUGUCAUCCGACUUGCUAGAAUCGGCCGUGUGCUGCGUCUCAUCAAAGGGGCAAAAGGCAUAAGGACUCUUUUGUUUGCCUUGAUGAUGUCACUUCCUGCCCUCUUCAACAUCGGACUGCUUCUAUUCCUCAUUAUGUUCAUCUUCUCCAUCUUUGGCAUGUCUAACUUUGCCUAUGUGAAAAAGCAGGCAGGCAUCGAUGACAUUUUUAACUUUGAAACAUUUGGUGGCAGCAUCAUCUGCCUGUUUGAGAUCACCACCUCAGCAGGCUGGGACGGGCUUCUGCUGCCUAUUCUGAACAGUGGCCCUCCAGACUGUGAUCCUGACAUAGAGAACCCUGGUACAGACGUUAAGGGUAACUGUGGGAAUCCUGGCAUGGGCAUCAUGUUUUUCUGCAGUUACAUCAUCAUGUCCUUCCUGGUGGUCGUGAACAUGUACAUUGCCAUCAUUCUAGAAAACUUUAAUGUCGCUCAAGAGGAGAGUGGAGACCCGCUUUGUGAGGAUGACUUUGUAAUGUUCAACGAGACUUGGGAAAAGUUUGACGUCGAUGCAACACAGUUCAUCGAAUACAGCCGCUUAUUUGACUUUGUUGAUACCUUGCAGGAGCCUCUACGAAUUGCCAAACCCAACCGCCUCAGACUGAUCGCCAUGGAUCUGCCCAUUGUAACAGGUGACAAAAUCCACUGCCUGGAUAUUCUUUUGGCAGUUACUCGAGAGGUUCUAGGUGACACCAUCGAGAUGGCUGCCAUGAAGGAGAGCAUUGAAGCAAAGUUCAUGAUGAAUAACCCCACCUCUGCCUCUUUUGCACCAAUUACCACCACUCUCAGGAGAAAGGAGGAAGAGCGUGCAGCCAUUGUAAUUCAACGAACAUACCGCAGACAUCUACUCCAACGUUUUGUCCGCCAUGCCUGCUUCAUGCGUCGUUCGAAGAGGAAAGUUAGGAGUCAGGAGUAUGAAGAACCUCCUGAAACCAAGGGGUUGAUUGAGAAGAAAAUGGAUGCCAUCUAUGGCAGCAAUACAGAACUUGCGGUGACUCUUGAGGUGAAGGCUAAGCCCAUGCCACCUAAUACACAGCCACCCAAACCCACCUCAGCCACACAGCAAAGGGCAUCAGUAACUGACCCCCGACCAGAGGGACAACUUAUAGUCACAGUGGAGCUCACAAGAGAGGUGAUCCUCCAAUCUGCACUCACAACAAUGCAUAACCCCUACAGUUCAGAGAAAGCAGGACCUCAGGAGUCAUUAGUAUAACUGGUGGACAAUGUCUGUGGACAGUGGACUAAUGACUAAGGUUAUCCUACUAAAAUGGGAGAUAUGAGGUGUAAAAUGCAAUGAACAUCACUGAUGCUCCAAAAAACAUGAAAAGGAUUACCCAUAAUCAUAAGACAACUAAGGUGUGACAGAAUUGCAGUGCUAUGUCUUGGAAGCACUGUUUUUUAUUUAAACUUUUUUUAAGACCUGUUUUAGACAGGAUUUGUCUUCUUAUUUGUUCCCAAUUAGAAAUGUCCUAGAAGAUUUCUCAUUUGUUUAUUUGAGGAUUCCUUGUUCAGCAUGAGUUCUUUUGACUUUAUGUGACAUAUCCACUAUGAUAAAUUAAAACAAGGCUGUGAGGGAUAGACGUACAGUCCAUUCAAUAGAUUCUACUGUCCAGAUUGAUCACACUGUGAAUUCGGCAACACUAGGGUGGAAAGUUCUACUUACCAUAAUUCGAAACCACCAGUGGCCGAAGCUAGAAGUGUUGGUGAAAUGUCCACAGAGUGACACUGAAUGUGAGUUGUAUUUUUAGUUGUAAAUGAUGUAAUACAUUCAAUAGGAAUGCAUAUUUUAUUAACUAUGCCACCUAACCCAAACCCCAACCCUAAACCUAACCGCCAGUGGAGUACAAAUGUAAUUUUAGAGUCAAAAUGCAACCUCCGAUUCACGCUAACCAUUGUCUAUGUGAAUGUGAUUACUUCCUGGAAUCCACGGGACCAGAACUCAUGUCUCUGAGGUUGCUCGAAAAACAUCAGUUGCAAUAGGAGGAAAG